CUUACUUCCUAUACUAAUGCUCAUAACAUCAGGGCACUGCCAACAAUUGCAAUCAGUUUAAAUAAAAAUGUUUUAUUGUUUUUAUUAAAUAAUGUACAACAAUCUGGCCAGUAGAGGGCACUGUACGAUAACAUAUACUUGCUGCCAGACCCGGACUGGCAACCUGUGAACUCGGGCAAUUGCCCGUGGGGCCGCUCUAUUUCCUGUUCAAGUGGGCCGCUCUUGAACAGAGAGAUAAGUUGUGUUUUUCCCCCUCCGUUGCCUUGAAUGAAGUCAAGAGUAAAAAAAACGGCAGACCAAUAGGGCAGGACAGAGUUAAAUGCGGCCCAGCUUGAACCGCUCGGUUGCCUGUAUAAUUAGGAGAGAGAGAGACUCUGCUGCUCUGCUCUGUGACAGCACGCCCCCCUCCCCCUGGACUGUGUGCUUGGCUGGACUGUGUGCUUGAAUAGGAGCGUCACAGCUCGUCAUGUGACUCGUCGCCUCUCUGCAUUGUAAUCCGUCGGCAAGUGAGCUCCUGGGAAGAGGUUUUUGGCAACUGGGCAGUCAUUUGCUUCUUUGUAUGCACAAUUAGCGAGAUUGUAAGAGAAACUUGUCAGCUUAUUUGGACUGAGCUGCAAAGAAUUGUGAUGCCAACCCCAGACGAAAAUGUUUGGAUUACCAUUGCAGAAGAUUUCUACAAACAAACCAACUUUCCUAAUUGCUUGGGUGCCUUGGAUGGAAAACACAUUAGAGUUACAAUGCCAUUCAUAAGUGGCUCAAAGUACUUUAACUACAAAAAAUACUUUUCAGUUGUUCUUCUGGCUAGUGUUGAUGCCAAUUAUUGCUUCACUAUUAUUGAUGUGGGAUCCUAUGGAAGCACUGGUGAUGCCAGUGCUUUCCGGCAUUCAGCAAUGGGGCGUAGAUUAUCAGAAGGGGCACUUCGUCUACCUCUUCCAAGACCAUUGCCUGGGACUGAUGCACCUUCCAUGCCUUAUGUUUUUGUGGCUGAUGAGGCCUUUGGGCUAACAGAAAACAUAAUGCGGCCUUACCCAGGGUCACAAAGGGCCAUAGAGAAACGUGUUUUCAAUUACCGAUUAUCAAGAGCACGCCGUAUGGUAGAGUGUGCUUUUGGCAUUCUCUCUAACAAAUGGCGUGUAUUCCAUACCAGUAUACAAUUGGAACCCCAGUUUGUGGAUAUUAUCAUAAAAGCUUGUUGUGUCCUACACAAUUUUGUCCGUCUUAGGGAUGGGUAUAGCUAUAAACUGACUGAUGAUAUCCCAGAUAUUGAUUGGGCCCCUGUGAGAGGUCCUACAGGAGGGAUGAGAGUUCGUGAUCAGUUUGCUAAUUAUUUCAUGUCUCCAGAUGGAGCUAUACCAUGGCAGCUGAACCGAAUUUAGUCUGCAUACAAUUGCAUACAAUUCAGUUGCAUUGUAUUACUAAAAUACUCAUUGUUUAUACAUUGUAUUAAUAAAAUACAUAUUAUUUUAAAAA